AUAACAUUCCUCAUUUGAUUUUAAUUGUUAAAUUUCAUUUUUGUUCGUUUUUUCUUGGUCUAUCUUUAAAGCUUUCUCAAAUUUCAAACAUUUUCUUCUAAAUCUCUGUUGGCUUUUCCCGUUGACUUCUGUCUUCUUCGCCAACGUGGCAGAAUCUUAGAAAAUGUUUUUAAUUUAAACGACAUCGUUUUCUAAGGAAUCUAAAAUAUUCUCUAGUACCGGGGCCGGAUGGGGGGACCCGCUUUUUCUGUCCCAGCUAGCGUACCGACCAAGCUAUUACAUGCGGGGGCAAAACUUACAGCUUCUUAGAUACUUUUCCUAAGGUUAGCCACUGAAAUUGUGACACCUGUUCAACCUGUUGGGUGAAAUGACGUCGUUCCAUUCUGAUACGAAUUCAGUUCUUUCCAUUCUCCUUCCCCAAAAUGUGAGCUGUGAAAGAAAAAUCUAAAACCCUACUGCUCCGCUCUUCGGGAAAUCCCUAAAUUUGAUUCCUCAAAUUCCCAAUUUUACCCCUCAAAAGAUGCAAAAUUUCCCCUAGUUAGCCAUGUCCUCCGACGAAAUCUCCCUCCAAAACGGGCUCAACGUCUUCCAAGACGACCCAAUAAGGGCCUUUAAUUGCGGACCAGCCACAACCGCCCGACCCUGUCCCAAAACCCGAGAACUCACCGGCUUCAUCGACGACAAGAUGUUCUCUUUCCCUCCCUCGCAAACCCCCGAAUUUCGCUCCUCCAACAUCUACUCCACCGCCGCUGCCGUCUCCACAGACCAUCGAGACCCUCCCCAUCAUCGCCAUCGGAAUUGGGGAAACAGUGCUGUAGGUGGCUCCACUAACAGUGGUGACGACGAAUCAGACGGAAACGACGUGGACGAAGAGGAAGACGAGGAUGAUGAUGCCGAUGAUGACGAUGGUGAUGAAAAUAAUAAUAAUCACAAUAAUAAAAAUAAUAGUGGAAAUGAGACUGUAAAUAAUGCAAGUGGAAAUCCCGAAAAAAUGGGAAACGGAAAAGCAAAACUCUCCUUUGCGGGAGGGAGCUGCAGGGAAUUGGUGGUGAAAGAAGGAGGGAGUUGUGUGGGGCAAGGAGUGAGACAGAGUAAUAAUUAUCCAAACGCGGUGACGAUUGCGGAUCCAGAUGGGGAUAUUUAUUACACGCAGUAUUUGCAAGGUGGAGAAGGGUCUGGUGGUAGUGGUGGUGGCAAUGGGCAGAAGGAUAUUGUGGUGGAGAAUGGUGGUGGUGGAUGUGGGUUUAGUGGGAGGAAAGAUGUUUCAUUUUCGAGCGAGUCUGGUGAUUCCUUGCGGGUCAUUUUAUCCGACCCUUUCACGGGAUCUCUCAUGGAUGAUGCGAUGAUAUUACCUUGUGGACAUUCCUUUGGUGCUGGUGGAAUACAGCAUGUUCUUAGAAUGAAAGCUUGCUACACUUGUUCGCAGUCAGUUUCAGAGGAGUUGGUGGCUCCAAAUCUUUCUCUCCGAGCUGCAGUGCAGGCAUUUCGUAGGGAGGAAGAGUUACAGUUCUACCGCUCACCUAAAAGGAGGAGAGAGAGAUUUGACCAGGAUAAGAGUAGCUACGGUGAGUCAAAUAUCAUGGAUCCUUCAAGGGGUAGAGGUGUCCAGUUUCCGUUUGCUGUGACUGACCGGGUUAUCAUAAAGGGAAACAAGAGGACACCACAGCGCUUUGUUGGACGUGAGGCUGUUGUAACUACACAAUGUUUGAAUGGAUGGUAUGUUGUGAAGACGUUGGACAAUGCAGAGAGUGUUAAAUUGCAGUAUCGAUCACUUGCCAAAGUUGCAGAUGACCCAUCCUCGAAGCCAAUGUCAAGCAAGAUUGGGGCAGACUGGUUGUAAACCUGCAAAUACAUAAAAUGGACAAGUGAUACUAUGUUCCGGCAUGCCACGGUUCGAUAUUUAAUCUAACUUGAAAUAUUUCUGUAGCAUUAUUGUAGUGUUUGUUGAAACCGAGAUUGUGGUACAAGCCUUGUAAAUUAUAGAGAAAAAGCCUUUGAGAUUACAUGCAAGAGUUGAACAUUUUGUUCCAAAGCGGAUCUCUUUUGUAUUUAACAAAUGCCCAUGUACAAAUAUGAACGCAAUGCAAUGGUUCUUCCGUGUUGAUUCUCAUAGUAUAACAAUUUUCUUUUAAUAUAACAAUAAGUUAUCAAAGUUUUCCAUUAAUCCAAGGACGACGAUUAAUUACCUCACAUUAUUC